ACACAGCUUCUUCUUCCGUUCUGAUAAUUGUAUCCUAAAUCACACUGAAUCUUGGAUUCAAAGACUUCAGGGAUGGAAAGUUUCUUCAGGAUGAUUCUUUUGCUUUUUUGCUUUAUCUUGAUAGUGAGGGUUACAGAGCUCCAUGCUGCCAGAGAUGAAUGCCAACCCACAAAAUGCAACGACGUUACCAUCCGAUUCCCAUUCCGACUUAAGGGGCAGCAACAACCGGAAAACUGCAGCUAUCCUGGAUUCGAACUAUCCUGCAUAGACAAAAAGCAAACUGUGCUAGAGCUGUCGCGAAAUGUGAAGUUUUUCGUGAAGCGUAUAGAUUACAGAGCGCAAUGGAUUCAGUUAUACGAUCCCCAGGGAUGCCUCGUGCGGCAGCUUCCCAAUAAUUUAUCUGCAUCUCCCUUCCAGGAGGACAACAGACACACAAUCGGCCUUAACAUCAAUAUUCCUCAAGAAUACACAAUUUUCAAUUGUUCUGGCGAAGGACAAAUGCCAGAUAGAGAUGAAUAUUACACAAUUCCUUGCUUAAGCAUCCAAGGAUUCCAAGUUCUAGCUAUUACUUCCGAUUAUGGUGCUGUUAGUUUGUUAAAUUGCACCAGAAAGUUAUUAAACAUUUCGGUAACAGAAGGGUUUGAAGGCAUGUUGUAUAACCGGAGGAAGGAUGUUCAGUUGAGUUGGUCCAAACCAAACUGUACCAUAUGUGAAGAGGGAGGCAGGAAAUGCAAACUGAAGAAAAAUAAUAGUACUACAGAGGACGAGACAGAGUGUUAUGGUAGAUCCAAGAAACAAAGAGAUAGACCGAAACAACUGAUGGCUACAGGAAUAAUCCUAGGUUCCUGUCUUCUUGGAAUAAUUCUCUUUGCACUUCACCGCGUCAACCAUUCAUAUAAAGCAGAGAAAGAGGGCCAACUCAAGAUUGAAAAUUUUUUGGAGGAUUACAAAGCUCUCAAACCCUCAAGAUAUUCUUAUGCUGAUAUCAAGAGAAUAACAGAUCAAAUCCACCAUGUCAAUGUUACUCGCUUGAUUGGAUUUUGUGCAGAUGGAAAUAAAAGGGCUCUUGUUUAUGAGUACAUGCCAAACGAGUCCUUAGAGAAGUUCAUAUUUGUAGCCAGAGAUGAAGAUCGUUUCCUCAGUUGGGAGAAGCUUCAAGAAAUUGCUAUAGGAAUAGCCAAAGGAAUUGAGUACCUACACCAAGGUUGCGACCAACAAAUCCUUCAUUUUGACAUCAAGCCUCACAAUAUCUUGCUAGAUCAAAACUUCAAUCCGAAGAUCUCUGACUUUGGUUUAGCAAAGCUGUGUUCCAAGGAACAAAGUGCUGUUUCUAUGACAGCAGCCAGGGGAACAAUGGGAUACAUUGCUCCUGAGGUACUGUCUAGGAACUUUGGAAAAGUGUCAUAUAAAUCAGAUGUUUAUAGUUUUGGAAUGUUAUUGCUAGAAAUGGUAGGAGGGAGGAAGAAUAUUGAUGUCACAGUGGAGAGUACGAGCCAAGUUUACUUCCCGGAAUGGGUAUAUAAUUGCCUGGAGAAAGGAGAAUUCGGGAUUAGAAUAGAGAAUAAGGGGCAUGCCAAUAUAGCAAGAAGACUUACAAUUGUUGGACUUUGGUGCAUUCAGUGGUACCCAACAGACCGUCCAUCAAUGAAAGCCGUGGUUCAAAUGUUAGAAGCAGAAGUUGACAGUUUAACAGUGCCACCUAAUCCCUUUGGGCAUGUAAAUGGCGUGCAGACAACAAGUGUCAAUAUCCCAAGGAAACCAAUUAAUAGAGAACUAGAAGUCAUCUUUGAAUGAGAUUAUUUGGAAUGUAUUCUACAUAUAAGUAGUUCUUUUACUUUUCCUAAUGCAUCUAUUCUUAUAAAGGGCCUAAUAUUGAGUGUUUAAUGUUUUAUAAAAUCAUUAAAGGGCUUGUAUAUUAACCUACUCUAUAUCAACCAAUGUAACAUGGAAUGUUUUAUAAGAAAGUUUUUCCCCUUUU